UUAAGGUUUCUGCUAAACAUGAACAUCUUUGGUCGUGCUUCCCCACCUAAAUGGUCAGCUCAAUUCUGUGGCUGUGGAGAAAACGCAGGAACAUGUUUGAUAACUUGCUGUUUACCAUGCAUCACCUUUGGCCAAAUUGCAGAAAUUGUGGAUGAAGGACGUAGUUCUUGUGCUGUGCAAGGAUGUGUGUACGGAUUACUGAUGACAAUUACAUGUCACUGGCUAUACUCAUGCAUGUACAGAGAGAAACUGAGAUCAAAGUUUGGUUUACCAGCUGAACCAUGUUGUGAUUGCUGUGUCCAUUUUUGUUGUGAUGCAUGUGCCUUAUGUCAAGAACAUGCUGAACUUAAAGCAAGAGGUUUUGACCCUUCUAGAGGUUGGAUUGGACCACCAAAUGCUCCUCCACCUCAUAUGCCUCCCACCAUGUUUCGUUGAUCCAUUUGCUCUGUGUCAUAGUCAUGAAAUCUCCAAUUUUCUUUGGAGCACCCCACUUUCGAAUGCUUAUUACUCUUCAAUAAUUAAUCCUAAA